AUGGAGCGAAUCGAUACCCACGCCCACGUUGUGCCUGAGGUGUGGCGCGAUUUCUCUUGCAAGUAUGGGUUUGAUCGACCAGACGGUAUGCCUGCAAUUCCUACUUGGACACCCCAGGCUCACAUUGACUUGAUGGACAAAUUGGGCAUCUCCAAAUCUAUACUCAGCAUCACAUCCCCUGGGACACAUCUGAAACCAGAUGAUGACGAAUUGGGUCGGACUAUUACUCGGGAGUCGAACGAUGAGAUAGCCCGUAUCUGUCGACUGCACCCCGACAGGUUCGCCUUUUUCGCAUCUUUACCGCUCCCAGAUGUCGCUGGCUCCGUCGCAGAAAUUGACCGUGCUCUAGAUAGCUUGGGGGCGGUGGGAUUUGCGCUCAUGACCAAUGCACACGGAUAUUAUUUGGGCGAUGCCCAUCUCGAGAAGGUCUUUGCGAAGUUAAAUGAGAGGAAGGCAACUGUAUUCAUGCACCCAACUUCAUGCCACUCGCACAAGCAGCCGGACGCCGAAAGGCCACUCUCCCACUAUCCUGCACCAAUGCUAGAAUUCUUCUUCGACACCACACGAGCAGUUGUCAAUUUGAUUCUGUCUGGCACUGUCGCGCGCUACCCGGAUAUUACAUUUUUGGUUUCACAUUGUGGUGGCGCACUGCCGCCCUUGGUUGAGAGAUUCUCAUCGUUUGCAACGAGAGUUUUAGGUGGUGAUCAAGCUUUGGAUUCAUCGCAGGUGAAGGAAUUGUUCAAAUCGAGGUUCUACUUCGACCUGGCUGGUUUUCCAUUUCCAGACCAGAUUCACGGGCUCCUGCGCAUGACAGAUGCGUCCCGGUUACUGUAUGGCAGUGACUACCCCUAUACUCCGGCUUCAGCAUUGACAGGGAUGUCUACGCGAAUGGACGAGGAACUGAACAACUUGUUCGACGAGAGGGUAGUCCGUGAGAUCUACUCCGGCAACGCAAAGAGAGUCUUGAAAAUCUGA